UUUAAGGGGCGGGCAGGCGGCCGGGGUCCGCGGGAAUUAGUGUGGUGGGCGCGCCUCUGGCCGCCAUUUCUCGGCGUCUCCCCGGAGCCGUCCCCUGGCGCCUCGCGUGGGUCUCUCCCCUCUCGUGGCCGCGGGUGGUCGCCGCCAGUGACAAAAUGCUGAGCUUCUUCCGCAGAACGCUCGGCCGCCGGUCGAUGCGCAGACAGGCCGAGAGGGACCGGCUCCGCGAGGCCCAGCGUGCAGCCACGCACAUCCCUGCGGCCGGGGACGCGAGGGCCGUCAUCACGUGCCGAGUGUCCCUCCUGGACGGGACCGAUGUCAGCGUGGACUUGCCGAAAAAAGCCAAAGGACAAGAGCUGUUUGAUCAGAUUAUGUACCACUUGGACCUUAUUGAAAGCGACUAUUUUGGACUGAGAUUUAUGGAUUCGGCACAAGUAGCACAUUGGUUGGAUGGUACAAAAAGCAUCAAAAAGCAAGUAAAAAUUGGUUCACCCUAUUGUCUGCAUCUUCGAGUUAAGUUUUAUUCCUCAGAACCAAAUAAUCUUCGUGAAGAACGAACCCGGUACUUAUUUGUUCUUCAGUUAAAACAAGAUAUUCUCAGUGGAAAAUUGGAGUGUCCCUUUGAUACAGCGGUUCAGUUGGCAGCUUAUAACUUGCAGGCUGAACUUGGUGACUAUGACCUAGCCGAGCACAGUCCUGAUGUUGUGUCUGAGUUCAGGUUUGUGCCUGUUCAGACGGAAGAGAUGGAGCUGGCUGUUUUUGAGAAAUGGAAGGAGUACAGAGGUCAGACACCAGCACAAGCUGAAACCAAUUAUCUGAAUAAAGCCAAGUGGCUAGAAAUGUAUGGGGUUGAUAUGCACGUGGUCAAGGCCAGAGACGGGAAUGACUACAGUUUGGGACUGACCCCAACAGGCGUCCUUGUUUUUGAAGGAGAGACCAAAAUUGGCUUAUUUUUUUGGCCCAAGAUAACCAGAUUGGAUUUUAAGAAGAAUAAACUAACCUUGGUGGUUGUAGAAGAUGAUGAUCAGGGCAAAGAGCAGGAACAUACGUUUGUCUUCAGACUGGAUCAUCCCAAAGCAUGCAAACAUUUGUGGAAAUGUGCCGUGGAGCACCACGCCUUCUUCCGCCUCCGAGGCCCUGUCCAAAAGGGUUCUCACCGAUCAGGAUUUAUUCGAUUAGGGUCACGGUUUAGAUACAGUGGGAAAACUGAGUAUCAGACCACAAAAACCAAUAAAGCAAGAAGAUCAGCAUCCUUUGAAAGGAGGCCCAGCAAACGGUAUUCCCGACGAGCUCUGCAAGUGCAAGGAAAACCUGAAGAACUCAGUGUUCACAAUAAUGUUUCAGCUCAGAGUAAUGGCUCCCGCCAGGCUUGGGGUGUGAGAUCCACUGUGCCUGUGAUUCCUUCCGUUCCCUCUGGUCCUGUGCUGGUGCAAGUUGAGAAUCUUCCAAGGAGUGCCGGAGCAGACCAGCAUGACAAGACAUGCUUGCCUCUGAAGAUUGAUUUGCUAGAUAGUCCAGACUUACUGGAAACAACCAUUGAUGAUGUAGUUGGGGCACCUGACACCAUGGCCAUGUCCCAAGCCCCAGGCGAAGUGAGCACAGCCUCCAGGCAGGCUGGAUUAGAGGGGCUGGAAGCAUUAAAAGAUGCCUCAGAGAAGCUCAAACACCUUGAAAUGGAAAGCGGUCCUUUGCCAGCCAGUCCUCCCAACAGGGACGUUAACAUCACCACCCAGGAGGAAGUGGUGAAGUUAACUGAGAAAUGUCUGAAUAAUGCCAUUGACAGCCCAGCACUAAAUGCCAGGAGAGUUCCUCCUGACUUGAAGAGUAACAUUUUGAAGGCUCAAGUAGAAGCAGUGCAGAAGGUUACAAGAGAAGAUAGCUUAUUAAGUCAUAAAAAUGCCAGUGUUCAGGAUGCUGCCACCAACAGUGCUGAGUUAAAUGAGAACGCCGCGCCAGUCCCUGGAGGAUCUCUCAUUCCGAUGCGAACCACGCCUGCAGAAAAUGGGCCUGCUCUAAAGGAUGCUACAGAUGAAUUGGAUGCCUUGCUUUUAUCUCUAACGGAGAAUCUCAUUGACCACACAACCACACCUCAGGUAUCUUCCAUAUCCACGAUCACACCCCGUUGGAUUGUGCCACAGAGUGCUGCUCUUCCUAACGGGCUUGCAGGAGACAACGGGCUCUCACCGGCUGGGAAGGAGGGGCCUGGCAACAGAGGCGUGGUCUCCCUCAUCUCUCCCCCAGCGCCGUUCUUUGUGGAUGCUGUGACCAGCUCGGCUCCAGCCUCUGCUGGACAAGCCACCUUGAAGCAGAAGUGUUUGCUGACAACAGAGCUCUGAGGGGCGGCGGCUCCUCACCUGUGACCCGAGGCCGGGCCCUCCAGCCGUCCGUCCUGGAGUCCACUUCUGCUGGAGCUGGUUCUGCGCUUGUGGGUAAAAAAGCUCAACCGGGUGUGACUCCAUCUCUGUGAAAAAAGCAGUUACAUUUCCGUCCAACUGGAAGGGCGUAAUUACACUACACAUUAGCCCAA